AUGUCAAGGUUGCAAGAAGAAUUAUUGCAUGAUGAAAACUGGAAGGAAAGUGAUAAUAAGCUUAACGAAGUCACGUUAAAAAUUCUUGAUACAUUGAAAAGAGUUUGGUACAAUCCGGCUUUUGAUCCUAAAUUUGUUGAAAUGAUGAAUGAAGGUACCUAUAUUAAGUAUGUAGUUGUCUCUGCAAUUUAUAUUACAUUAUUUGAUAACCUCUUUGGAGAACAUACAUUCAUUACUACUAUAGCAAGUUCAUAUAAAAGGGGUGGCAGACAUACAGGAAGACGACCAGAUAUAAUGCUUAUAUCAAAAGAAAAUGAUAACCUUUACAAACUUAUAUACGUAGAAUGCUCACAAUUUUUUUAUAAUAAGCAGAAGGAAGAUGAUGAUAAUGUAAAAUAUGAGCAAGAAAUUCAGACCCUCAAUAAGGAGAUAGAACGUCUUAAGAAUGCUUUGAAAGAAGAGAUAGUAGAGUUGAAAAAAGCGCUUGGAAGAAUUUGA